AUGCAUAUAAGUUUUCUGCCUUCUGCCGGUGCUUGCACUCCCACAAUCCCCUCCGUCAAGCAGAGCUUCGUCUCUGCGCAGACAAACCUCCUCUCCCAGCCGAUUGCCCCGUCCCGCGCCUGGCGCGCCUCCAACGACGCGUCCGAGCAUGCGAUUCCCAGCCGCCUCGUCGACGACGCCGUCGCGAGUGUCAAUCGCACGAUCCAGCAGCACUGUCGCCGCGUCUAUGCGCCCCAGGCGAGCCGGCACGUGGCCGAGCAGAUUAGCAGCUUGUACUCGCGGGACGCUGAGCGCAGGCUGGGGAACCCGGACGAUGCUGGAGGCGGCAUCGGGCGCGAGCUUGAUCUAGUUGACGAGAGCGCCAUUGAAUCACUCCCCGCCGCCUGGCCGUCCCACAAAGACGUCAAUGCCUAUCCCAUGGAAGCCAACCGCUAUGCCGAGACUGUUCGCCAGCUAGCCGACCUCAGCCAGCGGCGCAAAGAUCUAAGACAGAGAGUCGAGCGCUUCCGGAACCUCGAAAAAUCAAUCGAAUCCUUUCGAACCAUGGACGGCGUCGGCGUCCAAGAAAAUCUGGUGACUCGCGAUGGACCCGUGGAAAAGGAGCUCGAGAGGAUGCGCGUUCUGCUUGCGCGUGUUGUCGGCCGAGUGAGCGAGCUGCCAAGUGCGGAUGCUACGCAAGAUCCAGGGCGUAUAGAGCUCAGUGCCUUGACGGCGGCGAGGAAGAAGCAGAUUGAAGAGUUUCUGGCAGACCAGCGUGUUUUCCCGUCAUGA